UUGCAACUUCGACAAACGAAAAGCUUAGAAAAAAUGGCUGACGCUGCUGCUCCUGCUGCCCCUGCUGGUCGUGGUGGAUUCGGACGUGGACGUGGACGUGGUGGCCGUGGACGUCGUGGACCCAAGCGUGACGAGGAGAAGGAGUGGGUCCCCGUUACCAAGCUCGGUCGUCUCGUCAAGGCCGGUAAGAUCAAGUCCAUGGAGGAGAUCUACCUUUACUCCCUUCCCGUCAAGGAGUUCCAGAUCGUCGACUACUUUCUUCCUUCCUUGAAGGAUGAGGUCAUGAAGAUCAUGCCCGUCCAGAAGCAGACCCGUGCCGGUCAGCGUACCCGCUUCAAGGCUUUCGUCGCCAUCGGUGACGGUAACGGUCACGUCGGUCUCGGUGUCAAGUGCUCCAAGGAGGUUGCCACCGCUAUUCGCGCUGCCAUCAUCCUCGCCAAGCUUGCCGUCGUCCCUGUCCGUCGUGGUUACUGGGGAUCCCUCCUCGGUGAGCCCCACACCGUCCCUACCAAGGUCUCCGGUAAGUGUGGUUCCGCCAUGUGCCGUUUGAUCCCCGCUCCCCGCGGUACCGGUAUCGUCGCUGCCCCUACCCCCAAGCGUCUUCUCCAGCUUGCCGGUAUCAACGACUGUUACACUUGCUCCCGUGGUUCCACCCGUACCCUUGGUAACUUCGUCAAGGCUACCUACGCUGCCAUUGCCAACACCUACGGUUUCUUGACCCCCGACUUGUGGAAGGAGACCCCCUACACCGCCUCCCCCAUCGAGGUCUACGCCGACGUUCUCCGUCAGGCCGAGAAGCGUCUUCACUAA